AAUAGCACAUCUUCAUAUCAGCAUCCAUUCCACAGUUGCCUACCAUCAGCUGCGCACCAGAGACGGGCGAUAACUAGGAUAUGUCAAGGCGCGCGGAUGCUUUUGCUUGAUUAAUGCCUUUUCUUUCCUUGGAUUGUACUGUAUUAUGUUUUUUUUAUCUGCAUUUUCCAAGAUGGUUUAUGAGGUUUUACCUUGAUGUGCACAAUAUCAAAUGAAUUGGCUGCUACUGUUUAGGAAGCCAUCACUGCAGUGCCAUUAUUUUUUCAUUUACUGGAGGACAACUAUCACACUGCAAUUUUCACCUAGCUGAGAAGGAGAGCCAAGUGCACAGAGAGAAUCUGCUCAGACCGACUCCUGAUCCAUCCAGUACGUACCUUCCUGUCAGUACUAUAAGGACCUACCGUGGCAUUAGAUGCCUGAGAGGAACUGACGCUUGUAGCCAGGGUCUCCCAGCUCAGAAGCAUUGAGAUCCUCAGGACCUCCCGCCGUUCUCUCUGGUCGGUCAUCCACUAACCCAGAGAGGCUAACGCCCCUGGAUAUUGCUACUCAGUCACCAUGGGAACCGUGCUGUCUCUCUCGCCCAGCUACAGGAAGGCGGCCCUCUUCGAAGAUGGGCCAGCCACAGUGGGCCACUACGCGGCCGUUCAGAACAGCAAGAACGCCAAAGACAAGAACCUGAAGCGUCACUCGCUCAUCAACGUUCUGCCAUGGAAGCGGAUCGUGGCUGUGUCGGCCAAGAAAAAAAGCUCAAAGAAGGUGCAGCCCAACGCCACUUACCAGAACAAUGUAACCCAUCUCAACAACGAGAACCUGAAGAAGUCUCAGUCCUGCGCCAACCUGUCCACCUUCGCUCAGGACCAGAGCACCCCGACCCCCGUCAAGAGUUCCAACAACGCCGCCUCGUCAGUCAAGAAGGCCCCGCUGACCAACUCUAAUGCAGCCCCCGGCACGCCCAAGAGGGUUAUCGUCCAGGCCUCCACCAGCGAGCUCCUGCGCUGCCUGGGUGAGUUCCUGUGCCGGCGCUGCUACCGACUGAAACACCUGCCCCCCACUGACCCGGUGCUGUGGCUGCGGAGCGUGGACCGCUCGCUGCUUCUUCAGGGUUGGCAAGAUCAGGGGUUCAUCACCCCGGCCAACGUGGUGUUUGUCUACAUGCUGUGCCGCGACGUGGUCUCCUCCGAGGUGGCCAACGAGCACGAGUUGCAGGCUGUGCUGCUCACCUGCCUUUACCUGUCCUACUCAUACAUGGGCAAUGAAAUCUCCUACCCGCUUAAGCCCUUCCUGGUGGAGAGCUCCAAGGAGACCUUCUGGGACCGCUGCCUGUCCAUAAUCAACCUGAUGAGCGCUAAGAUGCUCCAGAUCAACUCGGACCCGCACUAUUUCACCCAGGUGUUUGCCGACCUAAAGAACGAAAGCCAGAAGGAGGAGGAGAGGAACCGCUUGCUCAUUGGUCUGGACCGGUGAGGGUCCCGGGGCUCAGGGAAGGGAAACCAGGGGAGGAGAGGGAAACCAGGGGAGGAGAGGGAAACCAGGGGAGAGGAGGGAAACCAGGGGAGAGGAGGGGCCUACUCCAGUUUGGUAUUUCAAAAUGGGGGAGGGGGAUUGGUUGAGGGAGUAGGAAGAGGGGAGUGGGGAAGCUUUGAUGGGAAGAUAUUCAUUUUUAGGGUUAAUUUGGCUCAGAUAUAGCCAAAAAGUUUUAGAUUAUAAGCAUGUUUGAGAGCUAACAGUACAACAGUCCACUGAAAGAGGGACAUAGGAGCACAGUUUGAUGAAAAAAAACGAAAACAUUUUAUGGUAAAAAUCCUAUUUAUCUCAAGUUUUCUGAAGACCAAACUAAUAUUUUUCGAAGGAAAGAGAAUUGCAUUUUGACUUCACUUUUGACACCUAACAAAAAUGCCAGACUCGGAUACAUUCUCUGCUUACGUACAUGUAUAAAUACAUUGAAAAAUACAAAACUGACAAUGGAAAAAAACAAACAAUAGAAAAGGAACACAAAUCUACAGCUAUGAAUGUGGAGAGGACUGAGGCUGCACCACCCUACCAACCACCUGCUGUUUGUUCUGACUGUCUGAGAUGCACUGCCUACAACGGGAUGGUAAAGGGCCCUUGCGUGACUGGGCUAGUGUUCACAUCAACAGACAAGCUGCAAUGCUGGCUCUUUAGACUGUGAAGUGAAAACCCAUGUACCCCCACUGCAAGGAAGGAUAUGGACUCGACAGUUGUGCUGCAGUGCAAACAGUAUCUGAUCUGAAUGGAAAAGUGGGGGCACGGAACCUGGAUUCAUGCUGAUGUGGCUUUGUUUGUGACUUGGCGAGAGGGGUUUGGUGGAGAAAGAUUGUUUCAGAAGGACUUGACAACAGACCUGAAUUGCAUUGUGGGCUUUUUAUUUAUUUUAUUUAUAUUUUUUUUAUUUUUUUUUACAACAAGACAAUAGGACAUGAGGAAAUACAACAUCAAACACAAGGCUUGAUUAUCACACUACGUGUUAAGACCUACUUUAUUUUCAUCUCAGAAAAAAACUCUUCAAAUGCUCAAGCCCAGGGUGGCUUAUUUAUUGAUUUUCUUAAAAAGCUUUUAAUUUUUACUUAGAAAUAAUAAACUAAUGCACGUGUGCCAUGCCAUUUUUCUUGAAUUUCCGAGGACAAUAAUUACUUUACUUUUUUCCAUUUGAUCUGUAAUUAAACCAACUGCAUCUGCAUUAGAGAAUGCUGUGAGAAAAGUGAAAACUAGUUUAUUUAGCUAUGCUUGCUAAAAUAGGCUAUUUGUUUACCAAGGAAUCAUUUUGUAUUUUUUGUCUAAAGGUUGUAUCUAAAAACACUUUGGAAUGAAGGUCCAUAUUCUGCUACAAGACAUUUAGCUUUAACAAAUGUUUAGCUAGUGCCAUAUCUUUGAUGAAAAUCCUGUAGGUCUGAAAACACAUCAAAGAUGUCCCACAUGUUGAGUGAUUGGGUGGAUUUCCAUCUAAUAACUCAUUGAAACUUGAUUUAUUUGUUAUCUUGCCACAUCCCUUGUAAUCAAAAGAUCAUGAAUAAAUGAUAAAUUGGUCUGUUUAAAAGAACCGGAUAUGAAAGAAUGGGUUUUGUGAGCUUAUCUUUGGUGGGAAUGAAGAUUGAUGGUUGUUGCAAAUGAAUGUUGCAGGGAAUAAGCUAUAGAUUGACCCUAGAUUAAAAAACCAAUAAAAAGUCUGACCAUCGCCAAAGUAACUACCACAUCAGAGAGACCUUGAGUAAAGACAAAGACCCUAGAACCCUAGACACAGAGCAAUCUCAAACCCAACACACCACCCAGCUCCACAUAUCAACAAGACAACAUAACCAUCAGCCAAUGGCAGGCCAUUUCACUCAGAACCACAUCAGAGAAUGUGACAGGUAGCCAUCCCUGGAAUAAUCUCUCAAUGCCAAUAUUAAUCAAAUCUAAGACAAUUUUUUUCAGCUGGGGAGGAGAUGAGAUUAGGUUAUACUGUAGGUUAUAUCCAAGUUGACCUCCAUGGAGAUAAUCAGGUUUUCAAUCAGCUGAAGCCACUCCGAGAAAUGGAUGAGCAUAGAGGGCAAUAGGAACACCAUGACUACAUCUACGUGAGAGCAAAUGGAGCAGUCAAGGUACAUGGCUAUCAUUUCCAUUGAAUAACUGUAAAGGCUAGAAACUGGUAGAAUGAUAGCACCUCCAUCUCCAAUAACUAAUAAGAAAGGGAGGUGGUAGGUUUUUCUGUCAACCACUGCUACAGUGUAUGUUGUAAGAGAUAAGUGGAAUUGAAUCCACAGUUUUAACAGGAAUAAGUUGUCAAUAGUAUACAUAUACUAAACUGGACCUUGGGGAUUUUUUUUUUUUUUUUAAAUCGAACAAAUCAAAAUAAUAACUUUGAUAACGAGUAUAUGCCCGCUUUUCAUCAUCUCAACAGUGAGAAAUGAUGCAUGCUUUGUUUCAUAGUUGUUUCUCAAAUUUCUUUCUGGAAAUGCUAAAUGGCGUAGGAUUUUUUCUAAAUGAAAAAAAGGCUAUUCUCUUCUCUCAUGUGAUGAAGGUUGUUCUUAGGGACUGUUGGUUGAUAUGAUCAUCUCUCUCCUCUGCUGUAUCAGUUGGAGUCAAAGAGAAAAAUGACUGGUGCAAGUGGACACGUAUUGUGGAGCAGUACCGUGGCAUUGUUCCUUGUCACGGGGAGAUGAAAUGCAAUGGGAAAUGGGUUGUUGUGUGUUGUGUAGUGCAAUGGGGGGGGACACACGCACUUUGGACAGGCUACUGCUCUGGGGAAAAGGCAGGGCAUGUGGGGUCAAUGGUUAAAAGUAGGGGAAUCUUGACUCUCUCGCCCCAACUCACUAAAAUGUGCCAUUUUUUUCAAUUGUAUCACUGAGUAGUUGUUUGAAAAAGACUUGAAAAAUCUUACAAAAAGGGAGAGAAAAAAUACGUGAUAGUUAGAACAUUUCUGUUGACUUCUUUUUCUGUAUCUUGUUGUGUACUUUGUAGAACAAAAAAGAAACAGUGUUAAAGAACUUCAAAAGGGUAUUUCAUUGACUGCAUGUGUGGCGAGUGUGUAAGUGUGUGUGUGUGUGUGUGUGUGUGUGAGAAUUUAUUUGUACAGAAGAAUGUGUGAAGUUUGUUUUCUUAUGACCAAUAGGAAGUGGAAAAAGAGGAUACUCUACACUGAUAGGCUACCAGUUAUUUUGAAAAAAGCCUUUGCUGUAAUUGAACCUUUUCCAGUUUGUUUCCGCUUACUUUAAUUUAUUUUUGUACUGUGAUGGAAAAUAAAAUGCACUGAUUGCUCAUGAUGCACAAA